CUCGUUUUCAUCUUAACAUAUACUAAGUAUAUGUGCAAAUAAAUCAACCAAAUCAACACUGACCACAAAUUAAAAAUUUGAAAUAUCUGACAAAGUAAUUACAGCUUUAUUAACCAAAGGACACACAUGCACACGACUUGUGGUUAAGCUGCAGCGGAUGCAAUUUCCGGAUAUCAAAGCAUAUUUCUUUAAUAGGAGCAACUAUUGCAGCAGGUCGCAUAGGAAAUACUUGCUGGGCCAACAAACAAACAGAAACACAUACAAACAGCCAGACAGAGAACAUUUGCUUAAUUAACUGUUAAUACGUGCCAAAUUGACCGGAACACACAAUAGUCAAAUUCAAAAGCUGAAUAGAUGGCCAAGCAAAGAAGCUGCAUUGUGAGCAAGGAGAAGAGUGGCGCAGACGGAGAGCAUAAUGCAACGCAACUUGACAUUGACAUUGUGCGCGUAAUAGGGCAAGCCAUCCAAACUCUUGUACAGCAAGAACUAAGAGAGCGAAAGCUGGUACUGGCUCUCUUCGGUCUGCAUGCUGCUGGCUGGCUAUAAAAGCGCCUUACGCUGGGUUCGCACUGCACUUGCAAACGAACCUCCGAACGCUACGCACACACAGCUGCUAAGCUCUACAACGCACGCGAAGCGAUGCGACAGCACGCAACGCUGCAACAACAACAACAACAGCAGUAAGAAGAAGAAGAGGAAGAACAACAACAACAACAACAACAACAACAGAUUACAAAUUUGUUUUAGUUGCCUUUCUGUGCGAGACUCGCCCGUUAACAUGCAUGGCCAUCGGGAAAGAGGUCAUUUCACACACUUCACUCCGCUCAACGGCCACAACAACGAUAAUAAUGUUUUGGACGGCAGUUGCCUCCUCGACGGUAACACCAACUGGUAUGGAACAGAGUCCUGGUAUGGCCAGCGCAGCGCCCACUUAUCAACGGCACCAUACGAAGCCGCCGCGCGUCGUUGCCAGCAGCUGGCAAAUUAGUAAUGCAGCAUUCAGGGCGCGACGCUACGAGCAACAGCAGCAGCAGCUACAAGCACAGGAGAGACUAGAACAACAACAACAGCAACAACAACAAGAACAAGAAAAGCAGCAGCAACAAGACUCGGAAAUCGAAAGUGCAGAGCCAAAACAAAAAUCGACAAACAAUAAAAUCAAGAAAGUCAGUCCAAAAAGUGAGAAUAAAAUCAUUAAAGCUUUAACGUCCUGUAAAUGCACGCAGAAAGACACAAACUAGAAAGGAAAGACAAUAAAUAUACAAAUCAAAAUACAGUUACAAUUCCUAUAACGGACAAGUGUUUCGCAUAAAAAUAAAAAAAAAAAACCAGCAAGUGCACUGUGAAAAACUUUUGAAUGACUUUUCGAACAACAACCCAAAUAAAUAUCUACUUAU